AAUCUGGAUCCACCCCCGCCCCGAGCCAGCUCGCUAUAAAGGCACCCCUCUCCCUUUCUGUCUCCCUCGCAGCUCAGUUACUCACUCCGGCCUCCAGCUUUUCCUUUGCGCCCCAGGGCCGGAAGAGCCCACACACCACCACCACCACUAGAUAGCCAGCGACGAUCGAGCCGCGCGCCGGUGGACGCGCACAUACACGCGGUAGCUUCCUUCUCAAGCCUAGCUAGCCCCAUCCUGCGCGCAGGCGGCGGCAGCGAGAAUUGACGUGCGACGACGAGCUUGUGCUUGCUAGCUAGAGAGCGAGGAUGUCGAGCCGGAGGCCGUCGUCGCGUGGCAACAUCUCCGAGGACGAGAUCAACGAGCUCAUCUCCAAGCUGCAGGCCCUGCUCCCCAGCUCCCGCCGCCGCGGCUCCGGCCAGGCGUCGACGACGAAGCUGCUCAAGGAGACCUGCAGCUACAUCAAGAGCCUGCACCGGGAGGUGGACGACCUGAGCGACCGGCUGUCCGACCUCAUGGCCACCAUGGACCACAACAGCCCCGGCGCGGAGAUCAUCCGCAGCAUCCUCCGCUCCUGAUCGCCCACGCGCCUCCUACUGCGGCGGCGCCGGCCGGCGCGCGAGAGAGCGAGGUCGGCGACGACCUCGAUCGCCGACAACGACGACCGCGCGCGCCCGCGCCCCCCGGCCCAUCUGUUCUCUCCACCGGCUGGCCGCCGGGAGCCGAGCUCAAUUAGCUAGGGUAUAUCUCAACCUCUCUCUCUCUCUCUCUCUCUCGCUCGCUCUACAUGUGUGUGUACCUUUCUCUUCCUUUCACCUGCCUGUCUCCUCCCUAGAUCUGAGAUCAUGUGGCUAGCUCUCCCAUAUCAAAAUGUACUAGCUACACGCGCACGUAUGGUGGUCUCUGCUAAGCCUAAGCUUCACUGGGUAGUAGGGUACUAGUAGCACUAGGGGCUUAAGCAAGCUAAGCUUAUCCUCCUCAUCAGAAUCACAUUAGCUCGCACCGCACUCUCUGGCUUCUCGUCGAUCGUCUUCGUCGUCCUCGCUCCUCCGACCCACAUGAUGGCUAGCUCUCCAUGUGCCGCUUCUCCUCUCGCACGUGCCGCUUCUCCUCUUGUGUUCGAUAUGUUGUAUUGUUUCCAUGUAAAUUUAGUCGGUGGCCUGGAUCGAGUUGGCUAGCUCUCUCUACAGGCAAGAGACAACCGACCGACCACUACUAUCCUAGAGCAAAUUGAUUAUCG